UCUAAUUGUUCAGACGGAAAGGGAAAUGAAUAAAAUCACCGAUGAAGGUAAACUAGCCUAUUGCAUCGAAGACAAGCAACUGUAUUUACGUGAUAACACCAUGUGGAGAAUUGUUCAAAUGGACACCAGUCUUAUCUCUACACAGUCGCCUGGAAACAAAUGCCCGCCAUGUAAAGAGUCUAAGCCUAUAUGUGGGAAUGGCAUUGCAGAAGACGGUGAAGAAUGUGAUGAUGGCAAUGAAGACGUAAAUGAUAGCUGUAUAGCCUGCAGGAGGUCCUACUGUGGAGAUGGUUUUAGACAGGUAGGUGUGGAAGAGUGUGACGGCACUGAUUUCAAUGGAAACACGUGCACCUCAUUAAACCCAGGGGUUGUCGUACGAGGGCGUCUAUACUGUAGCAAUGCGUGUAAAAUAGAUACAAGGUGGUGUUACAAAAUCAAUUUCUAGCCUAUGUUGCUCGCUAUAUGGAAGUCAAGGGACGAUUUUCUUGAAGUGUUUGAGGCAAGCCAUUUUUCUUCCUAAUGAACUUGGUUCGGAUGUCGACAUGCGACAUAAUAGCAUUGGUUUAGAACCCGAAUGCGUGACCAUCUAAAUGCAGUUGAUAGAUUAAUUCUAUGCGUUUGGUUGCACAACUAACUCAGAAGGACACCAUGCAGAUAAAUCUUAAAUCAUCUCAACGAAAAGACAAAUCGAUUUGCG